AUGCAAAAUGAAGAACGAAAAUCUCUAAGACAACAAAUAGCAGAGGGAAAAGGUAUGUAAGGAUGCCUUUUUGUAAGGAGUUUAUACAUUCAACACUCUACUAACAGUUUAGCUUUGAAAUUACAAGAGUAUCAAGAGAAAUUUGAAUCAAAAAAUACAACUUAUAUAUUGGAUGAAAAAGCAGUUAAAUUCUAUAAUGAAUUAAAAGAAAAAGAACAAAAGAAUGAUAAAGAAAUUAAACAAUUAAUGAAUAAAGAAAUGAGGAGGUACCAACUGAUGAAAGAGUCAAAAGAUGUCAAACAACGAGUGGUUAAGAAAUCAAUACAAGUAAAGAAAAAGCAAAAGAUAACAAACAAACCUGAACAAUCUCAGACUAAAUCAGCUUCCAAGUCAGUUCCCAGUGUUGUUGGUGAUUAUUCAUCAGAUGAAGAUGUAUGA